UAUUUUAAUUUUGGUGUGUCUUUACGGUUGCAUGAAGGGUGGUGUACAUGUUAAUUUGAUUGUAUGAUCAUAGAAUGAGUUGGUUUCCACAUGCUUCAACAAGUGUCAAAUGCAUCCCUGUUGAAGAUCCAUGCAUUAAUUAUGUAUAGAACAAAGCAGUUACAGGAGAGCAGAGAGCAAGUGCAACAAGCCAGGAGACACGAGGCAUGGGAAGUAGUGAGGGCAUUAUGGAGCUACAAAGAAACUCAACCAACUGGAGUAAGGUAGUGGAAGAGAUUGUGAAGAUGGAGAGAAAGAUUUUUCCUAAACAUGAAUCACUUGCCAGGUCCUUUGAUGAGGAACUCAAAAAGAAAAACUCUGCCUUGCUUUAUUUAUACAUUAAUGGACAAGUUGUGGGCUAUGUCAUGUACUCUUGGCCUUCUUCCUUGUUCGCUUCUAUCACCAAACUUGCAGUGAAGGAGAGUUGUAGGAGACAAGGCCAUGGAGAGGCAUUGCUGAAAGCAGCAAUUGAGAAAUGCAGAAGCCGAAAUGUUAGCCGCAUAAUGCUUCAUGUUGACACCUUAAGAACUGCUGCCAUGAAUCUCUACAAGAAAUUGGGUUUCCAAGUUGAUGCCUUAACACAAGGUUACUACUCUCCUGAUCGACAUGCUUAUCGAAUGUACUUGGAUUUUGAUUCCAAUUAGCUGCUACAAACUGCAAAGAACUUGGAACUUAGUCCAUAUAUGUAAAGUAAUUUGGCCAUGUUUUGUCAGAUUGAGGUCCUUAAUAGAUGACUCAAUAAUUGAUGCUGUGAUCAGCUGGACAUGUGAUAUUUUUCCCCUUUUUGGUGCAAAAAAUUGAA